AGGAAGCCCCCGGGAAGAGAUUAAAAACAAUAACGAAAGGGGAAAGAAAACAGGAAAGAGAAGGCAGAGAAAGAUAAAGAUCCCAAGGCAGGGUAGACACAGACUUAAAAGUAGUUUGGAAGAAGAAGAAAUGAGUAAAGGAGCUGCCCUAUUUGUUUUUCUUUGCGUCUUACCCUUGUUUCUCUGCGAAACUGGGGUAGAAAAGCUAGGGAACCAGUCAACAAUGGACGGACAGAACAAGGAAACUGUAUUGGGAGGCUUUUAUCAAGGCGAGCAGGUAGCCGAUGAGAUGCCCAUCGCAAAGGACGAAGAGCAGGGUCCAGGCCCAACUGAGGCAGCGCUGGCCACCACUCCCCUUGAAGAUACCUUCUCCUACAUCCUGUCCAGGCUAGCAGAUAUGGAUUCUGCGAUCCACAGGCUGAAUGUGUUUCAGUACAACCUGGACGUGAAGCUGUCCCAGCUGUCUGACAAGGUAAUUCGCAUGGAUGCCAAGGUGGGCAAAAUUCAGGAUGAGACGGAGAGCAUCUCCCGCGUCAACAAGGAGAACCACAGAGAGAUUGGUCGAUUGGAAGGUUGUCUAAAAGGCCAUCGUGUGGUGCGGAAGUGUUUUCUGAUCUCUCGUUCUUAUGAGACCUAUGCAGGCGCAGUCGAGCGGUGCCGUGAGCGAGGUGGGCGGAUAGCUAUGCCAAAGGACAAGAGGGAGUUAGCAGCCCUGGCCAAACACACGAGAGAGUUCUUCCACCCCGGUAACUGGCCUCUGUGGAUCGGUGUCUCUGACCGUCGCUCUGAAGGGCUCUACCUCUUUGAAGACGGGAUCCGAGUCACCUUCUUCCAGUGGCACGAGCAACUUCUGUCCAGCCAGCCUGACGGAGGUAAGAGGGAGAACUGCGUGACGCUGACCUCCGAUGAUGGGGACUGGUGGGAUACUGACUGUGAGAGACGCACAUACUUCGCUUGCGAGUUUGAUGGCUGACCUGUCUGCAACCUCCCAACCAGAUUCGCUGACACCAGGGUGUAAGGGAUCAGACAACAAAAAUCGAAAUUCAUUAUAUUCAAAAAGCAUUGGAUUACUUUCAUUUGCUAUUCAAACUGGAUUACAAAUGAGUAUACAAAUUAACUUGAGUGAAUGUUUAAAUAAAUGUAGAUUUAUAUGUAACCUUUUACCUGAUCAUAAACAUGCAUUAAUACAAACAAAUCAUCACUCAAUGCAAAAAAUAAAAUCAUGCAAUAAUGCAUUUUCUUCCUGCAAAAUACUCUGCUUUUACUCAAAAGCGGAUCAAUAAAUAAAUGCCAAACUCUCAAAGAGAAUGUAUUAUGAAUGUGAAACAGGAUCAAUCUUUGCUGUGGGCUAGCUUUUUCCUUCCCAUCAUUUUGUCUUCUAUAAAAAUCUCUUUUUUGUUUCAUUUUAUGAUGCAUAUUAUACAUCAUAUGUAUGUUAAUGGAUUCUCUUCCUGGUAUAAUAAAGAAUUGAACUGAACUAAAACUUG